UGGCGGCGCUGUGGGCCCUUGCGGAGAGGGGCGGCGUCGAGCUGCACCGCAGGCAGAUGACGGGCGUGCUCUACGCCCUGAUGCAGCUCGACCGGCAAGGCCGCGAACCUGGUCGUGCUGUCCUGCGCGCGCAUCCCCGACCUCGACCGCGCCUUCGCCACGUGGGCCGAGCUGCCAAAGCUCGGCCUCUCGCCCGACAUCGAGACGUACAAUGCGCUGCUCAGCACGUGCGUGCGCGCGCGCGAGUUCUCGUCGGCGCGGCGGCUGCUCAACCGGAUGGAGGCGGAGGGGGUGGGACACAAUGCCACCACGUACGAGCACCGCGUGGCGCUGCACAUGAUGAGCGGUGAGCCGCAGGGCGCGUUUGUCGUCUACCGCGAGUGCAAGGACGCCGAGCUGGCCCCGCCGCAGGGCAUGUACCACGCCCUCAUCAACCACCACCUCCGCCGCAAGCCGCGCCCAAACGCCGCCGCCGCCGCCGAGCUGCUCGAGGAGAUGAAGGCGGACCACACUCGCGUCAACAUGAACUUGCAGCGCAACGUGGCCGAUGCCGUCGCCGCCGUCGCCGAGGACCGCGAGUUUGUGUUUGGCAACCGCCGCGGCCCGCAGGAGGGGGCGCGGGGACCAGCCUCCAACUUGGCCCGGGCUUGAGGCUGGCCGUCGCCGCGGCCGCCGUCGCCGCCGCCGCCGCGGCCGCCGCCGCCGCCGUCGCCGUCCGGCGACGGCCGCCGUCGCCGUCGCGCUCGAUUGGUCUGUCCUCUCGUACAGGCCCUUCCCAACCUCUCAGCUGCGCGUCCGGGAGAGAGGGGGUUAUGUGCGCUCUCCUGAAGGGCCUCUUACGGCGGCGGGGCAACACAUACAGAUGCACCGUGUUGCGGUCCCUUAUCGAGUUUGUGAGUCCACUGCCGUCACCGCACACCGGACCGCGUAUCACAACAACAUGUAUGUGUAAAGUCUGUGGUGC